UAUAUACAAAAAAGAAUUGAUUUUUGUCUCGCAAUUCCAACCCUCCCCUGCCUUCGGCUUCCUCCUGGCGCCACUGUUUCUCCUUUUCUUCCCCUUCCCCUUGUCCUCUUCCUUCUUCCGCCAGACAUUUUGUCUUUCACCAAUGCCGUCCUUGAUCGCUUUUUAAUUCGAAGAACAAGAACAAGAACAAGAAGGUGGGGUUCGGUCUUUUUCCCCAUUUUGAUGAGAUUGUAGUGUUGGUGGGUCAUGGAGGGAGCGGAAAUGGAGCUUGAGCGACGCACCAAGUUUCUAAAUGGGCUUAUUUUGAAGAAGAAGGCGGGGGAGCAUCAAGAGCACCGCGAUCGUCUCAAUGUUCGCGUUAGAGCCUCCGAUAUGCCGUUUCCUCUCCAGAAUCGCGCUUUUAGUUGCGCUCGUGAACUUCUUGAUUCCAUGCCUGGGAAGCUCGAUAGCAAACGCCUCGCUCUUGCCCUCAAAAAGGAAUUUGAUUCGUCCUAUGGUCCAGCAUGGCAUUGCAUCGUGGGAACUAGCUUUGGGUCGUAUGUAACACAUUCUCUGGGUGGGUUCUUGUAUUUUUCAAUCGACAAAGUUUACAUCCUUCUCUUCAAAACGGCAGUGGAGCCUCUGUCUCGUGGGAAGUCGUUGAAAGAUUGAGUUUCUGAAUUCUGAACGAGGAUCGAACAGCAAGAACAACCAGCUUCAAUCUCAUUAUUCUUUUUGGGUUGUAUCAUUGGGUUUACCUUGUUUAAGAAACAGAUUGUGCAGGUUCUUGUUUGAUGUGAGUUGUGCAUCAAUUUUACUCGUUGGUUAUGAAAUUUUGUUGUGUGCAGGAUUUGUGAUGUUACCAUGUUAACCUUCAAAUGAAAAUUAAGACAUGAACGCUAAUAUU